AGGUGGGAACUUGCUUUUAGAAAAGUGGAUUCGAGUUGUGGCGCUUCUGCCGCCGAAUAGCUCGGUAUUGGUUCUUGUGCCUUCGGGAGUUCUGGAGGCCAAACUUGGGAUUCAAGUUUAAAGUUCCUCACAGGACGAAAGAUAAGGAGCUGACGUUGCCCCGGCCAGUCUGCAGCAGGAACAGCCAACCCUGACCCCGGUUAAAAUCCCCAGGGCUCCUGCCGAAGGUCCUUCGCUGAUCCCACCUCCCCGCUUUUUGGCUGACUUGAUGUGCGUGCCUGCCCGGCCUCGCGAUCUUGGAGGCAGCAGCUGAGCCACGCCGAGAGCUUGUGCUUGCCCCUGCAGCCUCACUCCGGACGACAGCCAAGAGGCCAACACCAUGGUCACCCGUGUCUUCGGCAUGCGCAUGUGGGCCCCGGUGGGCGUCCUGACCUCGCUGGCGUAUUGUCUCCACCAGCGGAGGGUGGCCUUAGCCGAGAUGCGGGGGGCGGAUGACCAGCAUCCGGUAGACCGCAGACUGCUGGAGCUGAAAAUGGUGCAGGUCGUGUUUCGACACGGGGCACGGAGUCCUCUCAAACAGCUCCCGCAGAAGGAGCAGGUAGAGUGGAACCCGCAGCUAUUAGAGGUCCCACCCCAAACUCAGUUUGAUUACACAGUCACCAAUCUAUCUGGUGGCCCCAAACCAAAUUCUCCUUUCGAUUCUGAAUACCAUGAGACCACCCUGAAGGGGGGCAUGUUUGCUGGGCAGCUGACCAACGUGGGCAUGCAGCAGAUGUUUGCCCUUGGAGAGAGGCUGAGGAAGAAGUAUGUGGAGGACAUCCCAUUUCUUUCACCAAUCUUCAACCCACUGGAGGUCUUUGUUCGUUCCACUAACAUGGAUCGGAAUCUGGAAUCUACCCGGUGUUUGCUGGCUGGGCUUUUCCAACGUCAGAAAGAAGGACCCAUCAUCAUCCACACUGAUGAAGCAAGCUCUGAAGUCUUGUACCCCAACUACCAAAACUGCUGGAACCUGAGGCAAAGAAUCAGAGGCCGGAGGGAGGCUGCCUCUUUGCAGCCAGGAAUCUCAGAGGAUUUGAAAAAGGUGAAGGAAGGGAUGGACAUUGACAGCAGUGACGGGGUGGACUUCCUCAUCCUCCACGACAAUGUGGCUGCUGAACAGGUGCAUAGCCUUCCGAGCUGCCCCACACUGAAGAGAUUUGAACAGACGAUUGAACAGAGAGCUGUGGACACCAUCUUGUACAUCAUGCAAAAUGAAGACAGGGAAAGUCUUCAGAUGGCGAUAGGCCCUUUCCUCCACAUGCUGGAGAGCAACCUGCUGAAGGCCGUGGACCCUGCCACUCCACCUGGCAAGAUCAGAAAGCUGUACCUCUAUGCUGCUCAUGAUGUAACCCUCUUGCCUCUCUUACUGGCCCUGGGGAUUUUUGACCACAAAUGGCCCCAGUUUUCUGUCGACCUGACCGUGGAACUCUACCAGCACCAGGAAUCCAAGGAGUGGUUUGUGCGGCUCUGUUACCACGGGGAGGAACAAGUGCCAAGAGGUUGCUCUGAAGGAAUCUGUCCACUGGACAAGUUCUUGAAUGCCAUGUCAGUUUAUACUUUAAGCCCAGAAAAAUACCACAAACUCUGCUUCCAGACACAGAUGAUGGAACAUGGGAAUGGACUGUGACUGAUUUAUUUAAGUAGGAAGUGUUGAUUUUUAAAUAAAA